UUACACAACAAAAACAAAAAUAAAAACAAAAACAAAUGUACCCGCCGUUCGAGUUUUGGGUCCCUAAACUAAAUUGACCCAAGUAAACUUGGUCAACAACAACAACGAUUGCGCAAAAUAUUUCACAACUCUGCCUGCUUCUACAUCAAUGGCUUCUGCAAAUGUGGACAAUCGGGGCUCUUUCGGGUCAAAACGCUCUCGCAAUGAUGAUCCUCGGAGUGAUGGAGAUUGGACUUGUCCUGAGUGUGGAAACAUUAACUUUGGAUUUAGAACGGUUUGCAACCGUGCAAAAUGUGCUGCUCCUCGGCCUCAAGUUUUGCCUACUGCCAGGUGAAAAGAUACAAAAGAAACUUAAAUAUGUGAUUUUGGUAGCUUGGAAAUUGUAUCUUCCGGUUGGAAACUCUGCCAAUAACAAUAUAGACAUGCCAAGUCAUUCUCCAAUGACAAGUCAUUACAAUAACCCUCCUCCCUUUUAUUAUGGAGGUUUUGGGCUUCCUCCAAUGCCAUAUGGAGUAUCCACCAGGUAUGGAUCCCCAAUCCCACAUACUGGAGUGCAUUACGACUAUGCUGCACCUUCUGUUGCUCAUGGAGCAUAUGGCCCUCCUGCGCCCACAUUUCCCCCUGGAAGUUUUGGAGGUUUUGGUGACUCAGGAAUGGGUUAUGCAUCACCUUCAACUGUGAAUGGAUAUGGAUUUGGUUUUCCUGGAUCUCCUUGGUCUGGAGGAAUGGGUAUAAUAACUGAAAAUCCUGCUUCCAGGAAACGUCGUGGGGGUCCAGAUGGUUCAUAUGAUGGGGAUUGGAUAUGUCCCAAAUGUGAGAAUGUUAACUUUGCUUUUAGAACUGUAUGCAACAUAAAGAAAUGCGGGGCUGCCAGACCUCUUGGUCCUACUAAUCAGUCAAAUGCUGGUGCUCCCGAAGGCAGCUGGACUUGUGGCAAAUGUGGCAAUGUGAACUAUCCCUUUCGAACUGUUUGUAAUAGAAAGGAAUGUGGAACUGAGAAACCUAGCUCUUGAAAUCUAAUCAAAUACUUCUUGUUUUAUGUUUCGUGUAAAAAAUCAACAGAUUUCACCUCUUAUUGGGCACAGAACUUCAAAAUAAAGACAAAGUUGCUCUCUGAAAUAUAUUUGGAAUGGUUAUUUCUGGCUGAAA